UGAUGUUAUAAUGUCUCUGAGAUAAGACCUCGACCAAAGUCCCAUCAACAAGAACUCUGCCUCUCCACCACUCAUCCAGUCAUUCCUCAUCUCAGCACAGGAACCUCAUCUGCUAUUCAGCUCCUGCCUGUCUGUCUGCUCUCAGCUCCUGCCUGUCUGUCUGCUCUCAGCUCCUGCCUGUCUGUCUGCUCUCAGCUCCUGCCUGUCUGUCUGCUCUCAGCUCCUGCCGGUCUGUCUGCUCUCAGCUCCUGCCUGUCUGUCUGCUCUCAGCUCCUGCCUGUCUGUCUGCUCUCAGCUCCUGCCUGUCUGUCUGCUCUCAGCUCCUGCCGGUCUGUCUGCUCUCAGCUCCUGCCUGUCUGUCUGCUCUCAGCUCCUGCCUGUCUGUCUGCUCUCAGCUCCUGCCUGUCUGCCCGUCGUCACGAUGAGUGUGGAAACCAAGCAACCACGUGAAGCUUGUUGCUCUCAAUUCAAGCUCUUCCUGGCCUCCCUCUCCUUCGUGUACUUUGCCAAAGCCUUUGGGGGCAGCUACAUGAAGAGCUCCAUCACUCAGAUCGAGAGGCGCUUCGACAUCCCCAGCUCCCUCAUCGGAGUCAUCGACGGCAGCUUUGAGAUGGGCAACCUGCUGGUGAUAGCGUUUGUGAGCUACUUUGGAGCCAAGAUGCAUCGGCCGCGGUUGAUCGGCGCUGGCUGUCUCAUCAUGGCGGCUGGGUCCUUCUGCACCGCCCUGCCACACUUCUUCCAGGGACAGUACAAGUAUGAGACGAGCAUCAAGCACUUUUCCGAGGAGAACUCUACAGAGACCAUCCUGCCCUGCAUGUCCAACCACAGCCUGAGAGUGUCGGAGGCCGCCCCCUCUGCGGAGAACCAGGCGGCGUGUGAGAAGGAGGCGGGCUCCUACCUGUGGAUCUACGUCUUCCUGGGGAACAUGCUCAGGGGCAUCGGAGAAACCCCCAUCAUGCCCCUGGGCGUCUCCUACCUGGAUGACUUUUCCAGAGAGGAGAACACCGCCUUCUACCUGGCGUGUAUACAGACUGUGGGGAUCCUGGGCCCCAUGUUUGGGUUCAUGCUGGGCUCCUUCCUGGCUAAGGUCUACGUGGAUGUUGGAACAGUGGAUCUAGACACAAUCUCGAUCAACCACAAGGACUCUCGCUGGGUUGGGGCCUGGUGGCUUGGCUUCCUGUUGACUGGAGUGAUCAUGCUCCUGGCUGGAAUUCCCUUCUGGUUCCUUCCCAAGUCCCUCCCUAAGCAGGGCCGGGGCCAGAGCCAAGGCCAGGGCCAGAGCCAGAGCCAGGACCCAGGGGCCUCAGAGGGAGAGCAGGGGGGCUUCCUCCCUGAGGACAGCAGUGACCCAGCACAGGACAAACCUGUCACCAUGGCCGAGAUGGCCCGAGAUUUCAUCCCAUCCCUGCGGAGGCUGUUCUUCAGUACGGUCUUCCUGCUGAUCAUCUGCACCUCCCUCGUCCAGGUCAACGGCUUCAUCGGCAUGAUCACCUUCAAACCCAAGUUCAUGGAGCAGGUGUACGGCCAGUCUCCCUCCAAGGCUAUCUUCAUGAUAGGGGCGAUGAACCUGCCCGCGGUGGCGUUGGGGAUCAUCACAGGAGGUCUGCUGAUGAAGUGCUUCAAGCUGAGCAUUCUGGGAGCGGCCAGGGUGUCCAUCAGCGCCUCCUUACUGUCCUUCUGCAUGCUCCUGCUGCAGUACUUCCUGUAUUGUGACAACAGCCAGGUGGCCGGCCUGACCGUCUCCUACCAGGGGUUGUCAGCAGUGUCGUAUGAGCAGGAGAGCCUGUUGUCUCAGUGUAACGUGGGCUGCUCCUGCUCUCUGAGGCGCUGGGACCCUGUGUGUGCCUACAACGGCAUGACGUACGCGUCACCGUGCCUGGCCGGGUGCACGACCUCUACAGGAAAGGGCAGAGAGAUGGUGUUUCACAACUGCACGUGCGUGAAGGAGACGAGCGCCCCAGCUGGGAACAUGUCGGCCAUCUUGGGUCAGUGUCCCAGGAGGAGUGACUGUGACUUCAUGUUUAAGUUCUACAUGGCUGCGUCCGUGGUGGGGGCCUUCGUCUCCGCCUGCGGGGCCACGCCCGGCUACAUCGUCCUGCUCAGGUCCAUACAACCUGACCUGAAGUCCCUGGCUCUGGGCAUGCAAACACUGAUCGUUAGGACGCUGGGUGGCAUCCCUCCUCCUAUAUACUUUGGAGCUUUGAUUGACAGGACGUGUCUGAAAUGGGGCUCCAAGAGGUGUGGAGGCAAAGGGGCGUGUCGACUGUACGACUCGCAUGCAUUCAGAGUGACGUUCCUGGGCCUCCUCUACGGCCUGUACACACUGUCCUACUUGCUGUGGGGUGUCCUGUACCACCGCCUGUCCAAAAGACAGAAGAAGUUGGCCUUGAGGAGCCAGGCCAAGGCUGCGGCUCUGGAGGGCGGCACCAACGGCCCGUCACACACGGUGAAGAAGGAGGACCUUGAGAAAGAGAGCACCAUCUAAGAUGGAGGACAGGAAGGGUUGUGAUGUGGAGCAACCUCCAAUAAAGACUGACAGACAUACACCCACACACACACAGAUGCACAUGCACAUACACUAACGCUGCGUUCACACCCAACGCGAUGCGAGUUGAAUUCAAAACCAACAAAUUCGGUGGUGUUUAAAUUUCAAUAUUAAGCAUUCAAUGACUUUUAGAAUUCAAAACGUUAUGUCACCGAUUUGCUUUCUAUACAUAACACCCCCGUCACACACACACACACAUUCAUGCACAGAUGCACACACACGCCCCCGACACACACUCUAACAAUAUCUUGAACGUCUAACAGAACUUUACUGAAGGACUAUUGUACAUACUGUAAUUAUGAUCUAGACACAUACAAGCCUUGGUCUCUGUCAACACAUGACUCUUACUGUCCUGUCUUGAAAGCUCGUUACAUAAUAUUUACUUACCCUACAGAUCGUUCCCAUCUGGCUGUGUUUCCUUACCCUUUAGGCUUGGUGCUGUUUAGAAGUAUUGUUUUGUAGUGGAAACUAUAGUUGGUUGUACGUACUGAAUUAUAAUUUUUUAAAUCUCUGUUUUCAAUUUGA